AUGGCCGGAGAUUCUAGGAUCUUCAUGAACCAGGACAUGGACAUCGGAGUUACAUCCAGAGAGCCUAAGAAGAUUCCCAAGCAGGCUCGGGAUGAUGUCCCCAUUGCCACCGACCGAACCCGCCUCAUAUCAGCAGAGGGUAAGAAGCCACGUCAGCGUUACAUGGAGAAAAGUGGCAAGUGCAACGUGCACCAUGGCAAUGUUCAAGAAACCUACCGGUACCUUAGUGACCUCUUCACUACGCUGGUGGACCUCAAGUGGCGUUUUAACCUGCUUGUCUUCACCAUGGUCUAUACCAUCACUUGGUUGUUUUUUGGGUUCAUAUGGUGGCUCAUCGCCUAUAUCCGGGGAGACCUCGACCAUCUUGAAGAUGAGAACUGGAUCCCCUGUGUUGAAAAUCUCAGUGGAUUUGUUUCUGCAUUUCUGUUUUCUAUCGAGACUGAGACAACAAUUGGGUAUGGCUAUAGGGUCAUAACAGAGAAGUGCCCAGAGGGCAUCAUACUGCUCCUGAUCCAGGCUAUUCUGGGCUCCAUUGUCAACGCGUUCAUGGUGGGGUGCAUGUUUGUCAAGAUCAGCCAACCAAAGAAGAGGGCUGAAACCCUCAUGUUUUCUAACAACGCCGUGAUUUCCAUGAGGGAUGAGAAGCUCUGUCUCAUGUUCCGUGUUGGAGACCUCCGCAACUCCCACAUUGUUGAGGCUUCCAUUAGAGCCAAACUAAUUAAGUCCAAACAGACCAAAGAAGGAGAGUUUAUCCCCUUGAACCAAACGGAUAUCAACGUGGGAUUUGACACUGGAGAUGACAGAUUGUUCCUGGUGUCACCUCUUAUCAUCUCACAUGAAAUCAAUGAGAAAAGUCCCUUCUGGGAGAUGUCCCGCACCCAACUGGAAAAGGAGGAGUUUGAAAUUGUGGUCAUCCUGGAAGGAAUGGUGGAAGCAACAG